GACUCCCCCCCCCGCUUUCUCUCUCUCCUCUCCUCCCCCACCCCCCAAACAUAUUCCUCUCCUUCGCCAUGACUUGCCUGCAGUCCUCCCAGGACAGCCUGGCGGGGAACGUGUGCGCCAUCGAGGGUCUCCCCCCGCUGCCCAAGGGACUCAGCGGGAUCCUCAACUCCAGCGGAGGCUCGUGGCGCGAGAUAGAGAAAGUUUACAGCAAGAAGACGCGCAUCCAGGACGACCUGAGCAAGUCCCAGGCCGCCUCGGAGAAGCUGCUGCUCCGGAGCAAACCCGCCAACCUCGACUCGGCCCUGGCGGUGCUGCGCAAGGAGAUGGUGGGGCUCCGGCAACUGGACAUGUCUCUGCUCUGCCAGCUCUGGUCCCUGUAUGAGUCCAUUCAGGAAUACAAGGGCCUCUUCCAGGACAUGUCUUCCUCGCUGCACUCGGAAGGCAGCCUGGCUGCUGAAAACGGCUUCUCGGAUGAGGACGAGGACUUCGAGGUGGAUCAGAUGAGCCCUGACGGGCACAAGGAGAACCCGCUGGGCCAGCGGCUCCGCCUGCUCCAGCCCCAGAACUCCCGGGAUCAGUGGCUCCAGGACUCUUUCCACAUCACCAUCUGAAGCCUCUGCCGCUGCUCCGCACCUGCCUUUCCUCCCCUUGUGUGUCGGCUGCCGAACCUGACUCCUGCAUCUUUCACAAAAGACAUUCAGGGGGGCAAUGGAGGGGUUCAGUCGCAGGCAGGAGUGAGAGGAGGGCCGAGAGAAGGGCCGUUCGCAUUGGGCAGUUUACAGCUGGCCCUGUCAUAAUCAAAUGACCCCUGAGGAGAACUACCACGUUAUGCUUCACAAUUAACCUGUGGGGGGUUUAGCAUUCAAUCACCGCCAAGAUGUCACAGAGCAAUCUUUCCAGAGAGAGAAAAAGAGGUUUGUGUGUGUGGCCAGUUCAGGAACAGAGUGCAAUUCUUUUUAGUCCUCUGGGCAGUGGCAGACUUCGGGCUUUCAAAUUUCAGCGGCGCCCCAUGCAACACCAAAAUCUGCCUCUUGCCUUCCGUUCUAAGUCCUUGUUGCAGCAUCCCCUCAGCUUGGCACCCGUUGCGGGUGAACUGGUCGUGGUCCCCUAAAUGCGCAUAGAACCACAGAAUCGUAGAGUUAAGAGGGAACCCUGAGGGUCAUCUAGUCUAAUCACCUGCAAUGCAGGAAUCUCAGCUAAAGCAUCCAUGACC